CUAAGCUUCAGAUUGUGAACACUGAAAUGUCCAACUUAAAAGACCGCAUGAAAUUUCCUCUCCAUGUUCCUUUGAUCAAGCCAGCAGCUCCUGCGUUUUUAUGAUCAUCUUUACCAUCUAGAUUGCUGUCCGCAAAUGCUUCAGAGCAAUGGAAAAAAUUGGAGAUUGAGAGGAAAAUCCUUGAGAGCUCCACGAUAUCUAGCUUGCAGCUUAGCUAUUAUAAUCUUGAUCUUCAGCUGAAGCUGUGCUUGUUAUGCUUCUCUAUAUUCCCAGAAAAUUCCAUUAUUAGCAAGAGGGCUAUGAUCCAUUGGUGGAUUGGUGAAGGGUUAGUAGAAGCCACAAGAAGUCAGACAACUGAAGAUAUUGGGAAGGAGUGCUUUGAGAAGUUGAUCACUGCAGAGAUGAUUGAACCUGUAUGUCAUAAACGUAACUGUAGUGUGAACCAAUGCAAGUUGCAUCCUUGGAUUCGGCGUAUGUUGGUCACCGUUGCAAGGCAAGAACGAUUUUUUGAAUUUGAUUCCGAUGGCAAUGCAACAUGGGGCUUUUCAGGUACUCGCCGUGCUUGUCUAGUAGGAGAACAUAUUCAGGCAACAGAAACGGCACCACUCAGAAAUCAGUCCAAUCCAGAUUACCUUCUUGCAAUAUUCAAUGUGAGCGAGCAAUACCUCCAGUUCGACAAGAAUUGGUUCUUGGAUUUGAGGAAGGUCGAAGUUCUCCAACUAGGUCGGUGGCAUAACUUGUACCGAUACCAUAUUGAGGUUGACAGCACUGAAUAUUUGGAAGGGUUGCAGUCAUGCAAACAAUUGAAAUAUCUUUGUCUGCGGGGUAUCUCCCGUAUCGCAGAGCUUCCUGCUUCAAUCGGCGCACUCUCAAAUCUCAGGAUCUUGGAUCUUCAUGCUUGUCAUAACCUUGAGAGGCUUACUGAGAGCAUCACGUCUCUUCAGAUGCUGACCCACCUGGACGUUUCAGAAUGCUACCUUUUGGAGGGCAUGCCAAGGGGCAUUGGUUUGCUUACUGAACUCCAAGUGCUGAAAGGGUUUGUCAUUGGUGGAUCUACAGGCAAGUACAAUUGUCAGGUAGCGGAGCUGAUCAGGCUGGGCAAGCUGAAGAAGCUAAGCAUAUAUAUUGGAAGCAAAGUUCUAGUGACAGAAGACGAACUGCAUGUAGUUGAGAACAUCAAAGCCCUUCGUGUGCUGACAAUUACAUGGGCUGUGUUGCUGUCAAAGAAAGGAGCGGGCCAACAAGAUUCUGCAGCAACAGCGUUGUUAAAUUCGUUAUCCCUUCCUCCCCAUCUCGAAAAGCUAGACUUGCGUUGCUUCCCUGGUGAGAACAUACCGGUUUGGUUGAGUCCGAGUAGGCUGUUGAGACUGCGGAGGCUCUACUUCACAGGAGGAAUGCUGAGCACUUUUGGAGAGAAGAGCAUGUCCGAGCAGUGGAACAUUGAGAUAUUGCGUUUAAAGUUCUUGAAUGACUUGGUACUACUCCCUCCAUCACAGUUUAAAGGGCGUACCUCACAUCUCUCUGGGCCCAAGGUCGCUAGCGAUUGGCAGGAAUAAAUGAUGCGCUGGAGCUGCGGUAGUUAAGGAUAUGUGCCUAAUUAAUCGCUAAACAAACGCAUAGUAAUCUCCCCGUCCAAUAAAAGGCCUCGCACAGCCAUGCAUGCAAACAAAACCGAUUCACACCUCCACCUAAAGUUUCAGUUCACACCAUGCAUGCGCACCAAGCGGAAGGAGUAAUUUCAGCGGGCUAAUUAAUGACCUGCGCCCUAUUUCCCUCUAAUUGUGAAAAAAAUUGGUUUUGGAGAUACGCCCUUUAAAGUGUGAUGGAGGGAGUAGAAUGGACCCAGGUGAAUGAGAUGUUUCCAAACCUGACCUUCCUGGAGGUAUUCAGAUGUAGCAACAUAGAAUCUUUUCCUUGUGACAAGGAUGGAGUGUGGAUGAACUACGACACCCAGGAAACCAGAGAGUAGAACAAAGCACCAAAUCAAGCUUUUUCAUGUGAGCGCAUUGUCAGGAGAGAGUGAUAUAUUGGAAAGCAAGUUUGAUCAGAGUCUCUACCAAAGUUGUGCAAGUUAUGGUCAGUCUCUCUCACACAUGUUAUUUCACGGCGUCAUGCAGAAGUUUGUUACGGCCUUCAAGUGAAAAUUUACCAGCCUUUUUAACUUUCUGCACAAUGUAUGUUUGUCUUGAAUUUUUGUCACAAUAUAUUUGUGAAAGCCAUAAAGGUCUGACACCUGCACAUUUUG